GUGUUUUGUUUGGAGCUCAGGCUACUCUCGAGUUUAGUGUCUAAAUUAACAAGUUUUCCCCCCUUCAAAAAAAACAUACACACAUAUUAUAUUUUAUUUAUAUCUCGCCCUGGAAAAGACAAAAACAAUUAAAAAAAAAAAAGCGAAGAAAAGCAACAAAACCAAAAAACGCAGAGAAAAUGUUAAAAAAAUUAAACAAAAUUGCACAAACUGUCGCACGGUUGCAGUUGCAUUCAUCAUUGUUGCAUUAAACAUAAAUAUAUAUAUAUAUUUUUUUGGCCAACCCGAGUGGUGGAAAGAGAUCGAAUUAAAGAAAAAAAAAAGCCAAAAACAAAAAAAAUAUUAAAACUUAAAAAAAAUAGUCAAUUUUGUGAAAAGAAAAUUUUAGAAGGCAGGUCCUUGUCGAGUCCUCGAAGAAAACGCAAGUCCAAGUCAGUCCAAUCAAAUCAUAUCCUUUAUUUUACUUUUUUUUUUGGAAGAAUCAAGUCUGAAGAAUUUCGUCUCUUUCCCUCAACCUCCAACUAUCCAUCACUUUCGUUCAUCAGCCGCGCGCCGCCCUCGCACUCUCUCUCUCCCACUCUCUUUAUCUAGAUAAGAGAAAACUUUCUCUCCGGCCUUCUCUCUUGAGAUCCUGUCAUCCGUUUUCAUUCAUAAUUAUUAUUAAUUAUCGAUUAUUUAUUUUUUGGAAUCCUGUGUCGAGAAAAAAAAAAGAACUGUUAUUUAUUUUUGGAAUUUAUGAAUUUUGGUUUAUGGGAAUUUUUGGAAUUUUGGAAUAUAUCUAUAAUAUAACUCUCUAUAUAUAUAUAUUUUUUGGAUCAGUUGGUUGGCAGCGAGCUGCGACCAAAGCUAAAGACGGCAAAACGGCAGCCGGCAACGGAAACGGAAACGCCACACCGGGCGGACGAAGAGGAGGAGGCGGCACUAGAGGAGAAGGAGAAAGAGACAUCAAUAGAGACGGACAAGGAGGAGGCGGCAGCGGAAUUAAAUACCGUUCAGUUGGAGAUGCGGCUAUGGUCCUGUUGCUUCUAAUCGUUAUCCUGCUAACCGCUCAGUUGCCACAAUUGGCGGAAUCGCGCACCACCACCAAUAAUGGCCUAACGGAACCAUCAUCAACAACAAAAACAACAACAACAACAGCCACUAAUAUUAGUACAAGUACUAACGCCACCACGCCACCCUCCCCCAUCAGCAUCAUUAGCAGCUCCAUCAUUAGUUCCAGUUCCAGUUCGAGUUCUAGUUCGAGUUCUAGUUCAAGUCCAAGUCCAAGUCCAAGGAAACGUCACCGGAAACGGAACAGUAACUGGAUCGAUUAUCGAAACUUUAAUGAGAGCACCACGGCCCUGGAGUGGGUGAAUCCUUGUGCCGGCAACUAUCAUCCUUCGGCUGGUAAUCGUCGUCAUCGUCAGCGUUCCAGGCAGAGAUUCAAUCAAUUGAAGCAUCACGCCUUCAGUGAAUAUCGCACCUUGAACAGCUCGCAGGACUCGGCUAUUGAUAUUCGUAAUAUGAACAUGUGGUCCUUGCACACACACAACUACAAGUUUCUGCCCAAGCUUAAGCCCAACUCUACGAUUGCCCUGAAGCGCUGGUACCGCAACAUGCAAACGUACGUGGCCAGCUUCGCGUACCUGCGCCGGCUGCAGAUCCGCUGGGAUCAGCGAUCCAUAACCCGGGAGUCGCGGACCGCCCGCGAGCUGCGCGAGCUGCUUUUGAGUUCGCGGCGCAUCCUCUGCGAGCUGGAGACCGCCGUCAACCAGACGCAGAGUCCGCGUCAGAGGCAGAAGCAGCGGCGCAGUGGCGUUGCGGCGGUUAAUGUGGCGACCGUGACACACGAUGAUAAUGGUCCUGUUAGUGUUGCAUCAUCCGAAAAACAACAAGAUGAUUUGGAGAAACUGCCACAAAUAUCACGUCUCGAGAUGAACAAACGUUUGAAAUUGCGUUCAAAAAUGUCGUACGAUGGCUCCUCCGGUGGCGGUGAUCCUGCCGCAGGAGCCUUGAGUGAAGCGGAUGCCAUCGAUAUGCGUUUUGUGAAGCAUCAUUAUUAUGAUUUUCUGCGCACCAUGUGGCAGCUAUUGCGUCGUGACGGUAAAAUGGAAAGGAAGCGUCAUCAGCGUCGCCAGCAGCAGCAGAGGCAGCAGCGGCAGCAUCGCCAGCAGCAUCAGCAGCAGCAGCAGCAACGGAAGCAGCAGAAGAAACUGCAACAGCAGCAGAAGAAAUCUACACAAGAAUGGCAGAAUAAGGAGUUUAAUGAGGUGUCGAAGCCGGCGCAGGAUACGCAGGAUAUUCAGGUUAUCCAGGGGGCAAGGGCGGGGGCGGGUGCGGGGGCGGAGGCGGGUGGAUCGGUGGCGCCACAAAAACGUGGCAACGGUGGCGGCGGCGGUAGGCGUGGCAAGCGGCAGUCGAGAGGUACACGCGUGCAGCGCACGUGAGUCGACCGCCAUAUCACCCCGCCCCCCUUCUCCUGCACCCGUACAUCCACGCCCCCCUGUCCCGCCCCUUAAUUUAACCGUUAAUCGAUCAAUCGUAGCUUAAGUAAAUUAUUUGAUUGCCAGCACAAAAAAAA